GUCUAAAAAAAAAUAAAGAAAGAGUUGAAUUUAGUUAUUUAAGAAAAAUGUCUGAUCAUGAGAUCACAAAAAUGGAAGAAGGUGACCUUAAGGCACCAAAAUCACAAAAGGAUUUAGGGUUUUUUAGUUCUCCUGAGGUAGUUCAAACCAUACAAAAGGUAAUAGCUGAGGUGAUAGGAACAUACUUCUUAAUAUUUGCAGGGUGUUGUGCAGUGGUUCUGAAUAAAGUGGGAGAGAGUAAAGGAACAAUAACAUUCCCCGGAAUUGCUAUUGUAUGGGGUCUAUCGGUUAUGAUCUUGGUUUAUUCUCUCGGUCACAUCUCGGGUGCUCAUUUUAAUCCGGCCGUCACCAUUAGCUUCGCUGUCUAUCGUCAGUUUCCACUCAAACAGGUGCCGAUGUAUAUGGUUGCACAAUUGCUAGGAUCUAUCCUUGCUAGUGGAACAUUGUGCCUUCUUUUUGACAUAGAUGAAAAGUCGUUUUUCGGAACAAUACCAGCUGGAUCUCAUGGACAAUCUCUUGCUUUCGAGAUAAUCGCAUCAUUUUUAUUGAUGUUUGUUAUAUCUGCGGUUUCCACAGACAAUAGAGCAAUCGGAGAAUUAGCAGGGAUCGCGGUUGGUAUGACAAUCAUGGUGGACGUUUUCAUGGCCGGGCCUGUCUCGGGUGCAUCCAUGAACCCAGCAAGAAGCAUUGGACCUGCAUUGGUGAUGCACAAUUACCAUGGAAUAUGGGUUUAUAUAAUUGGACCCUUUGCUGGUACCUUUUUAGGUUCAUCAGCCUACAACUUGAUUAGAUUCACUGAUAAACCACUAAGUGAAUUAAGUCGAAGCUCAAGCUUCCUCAAAAGUGUAUCAAGAUCAAGAGCAAGCUUUCAGUAGAUAACAUGUCAUUGUUUUAAAUCAUCUUUGGAUUCGACCUAAAUAAGUGUGAAGAUGGUGAUUUAUUGAGUAUUUUCUCAUGCAUGUUAGGAUAUUAGUCCAGAAAUUAGAUUUUUUUUGUGUAAUAAUAUGCUAUGAAGGCAUAGUUUUCUGGUCAAUAUCAUUCUACACAUUCUUCCUUUUGUUCAUCAUUCUUCUUCUAU